GCAACCAAACACACCGACGAAUCCCGGACUUAGGGAGUAGUCAACUUGACGAUGUGGCCAUUGCGAUUGUAUUGAAGUUGUAGAUGGGAAUACCUAUUCCACCAGUGCCCUUGCCAUGUGGCUACAUAUUGUGAUGGUAACUGCCUAGGUACCUAAUGCUACAAAUUACUAUAGAAAUUCACAAGGAUAUAGUUAGUUAUCCGUCAUGAAUGACGACUACUUAUCAUACCCUGCGCGGUCCAACAGCACCAUCACCAGCGACCCCAACUCUCAACAUAUCCUAGUCUUCUUCGUGCCAGGGAACCCGGGUCUCAUCGGCUACUACGCCCCUUUCCUCUCAACCUUACGAGACCUCCUCGACUCCAAUGCCUCCCUAGCCGCCACCACCAACUUUCAUAUCCACGGCCAGAACCUCGCCGGCUUCAUAGACGAAGACCACGAGCCCUUCACCUCGCAACGCAAGCCUCACAAUCUAGAAUACCAAAUCCAACACAUCCUGACAACAGUAACCAGCCUGCGCACCCCCUCCGGGCCGAAGCAGGGCCAGCCAUACGACCAUGUUCUUCUCGUCGGCCACUCGGUAGGCGCGUACAUCGCCCUCGAGACAUGCCACCGCGUCCUCCGCGAUCCGUCUCUCGCGCCCCACACAAAACUCUCAUCAGGCAUUCUCCUGUUCCCCACUAUCGAGCACAUUACCGAUUCCUCCAAUGGGUGGAAAUUAAACAUGCUACGCCAAACCCCACUACUCGGCGACAAUGCCUAUAGGGUCGCUCAGGGCUUUCUGCGGUUGUGGCCUUACGAUACGCUCCACUGGUUCGUGAGCAAGGCUCUCGGCUUCCCGCCUCAUGCUGCCGAUGUCACGACGCGGUGGCUCAAGAGUCGGGAUGGCGUUUGGCAGGCCCUUCAUCUUGGCAUGGAUGAGAUGCGUGUAAUCCGCGAAGACAAGUGGGACAACGAGCUGUGGGAUAUCGACCAGUCCAGUAAAUCCGCCAUACCGAGAUUUUACUUUUUCUUCGGCCGUCGAGAUCAUUGGGUCGCCGACCAUUACCGCGACGCUUUCAUAAAGAAGCGGUCAGAACAAGACAAACGGACUCGCCUCAUCGUCGACGAGGCCGAUCUCCCUCAUGCCUUUUGUAUCGAGCAUAGUGAGCCCGUCGCUCAAAAGGUGUAUGAGUGGAUCCUCGAGAUGUUCGGCACUCAUACUUGAAUCCAACUAUGGAGAGUACUAGUACAUCA